GUUGUUGCUAUGGCGGCAUUUUUGUAUUCAGUGUUGAAUAUUUGUUCCAAAUCGAAUAUUAUUUGGAAAUUAUAUUUGUGACUACAACUAAAGCUUAUGUGAUUACUAUGAAACGUGAUUUAUAAAGUUCUCUAUUCUUUAAUGUGUGAAAUAUAUAAAUAUCUUAAAUGCUAAGCUUAAUGCCAUAUACAUAAUAUAUUAAUACUAAAAAUAUUUAAUAGAUAAGUUAUUAUGAUGAGUCGUGGUAAAGAUAACAAAAACAUUGUGUAUGGUACAUGUAAGAGUCAUAUAAACAGAUCAGAAAAUGAUUUAUACAGAAUAUGUCCAUCAAAAUUAAGUAAACAGGAAUUAGAGGACUUAUACUUUGCAUUAUUUGAUAGCAACAUACAAUUGAAAAAAACUUUAAAUGGACAGAGAGAUGAAAUCAAAGUGUUAACCACAAAAGUACAAAGACUGACAGCAUUAGGAAAUCGUAACCAGGCUUGCUGUGCUAAAAGUUUGGCUGUUAUAAAUGAACAAAAAGAAUUAAUAGUAGACUUAAAGAAGACUAAUGAGCAACUAUCAGAGAGAAUUCGUCUUCUCAAUAUGAGACUUUGUUCUGCAAAGCAGUUUUUAAGACGCGGCACAGCUCAAUCUACUACACGCUGUUCAAAAUGUUGUCUAGCUUUCAAUACAUCGAUUAAGAACUCGUCCAUGAGCGCGCUUUAUACCAAGAGAAGUGUAGCCAAUGUUGGUAUCGAAGCCACGUCAUGUGAAUUUUUAGACAAAGAAAAUAUACCGGUACAGUCGACAGAGAAUACUACCACUCAAAAUGAAACUAAAUCAGUCCGUGACGAGGACUGUCAGCAAAACAAGUGUCGAACUAUGAUAGACGAGUUGAAAGAAAAGAUUGCUAUUUUAGAAGAGGAGUUAGUCAAAACGCACGACCAGUACUCGGAGCGAUUGAAUAAAUCAACCGAGGAGGUUACCCUGCUCAGGAACGAGAACACUCGAGCCAGAGCUGAACGAAUAAUUGCGGAACGGCACCUGCACACACAGUACGGCGAUCUGCUGGAGCAGCUGCGAGCAGAGGAGCAGCGAUGUGGUGAGUGAAUAUUAUUUACAUUUGCAGGAGUUACAUACUGAAAAAUGAAGACCCUUGGCAGACGUUGCUACCC